ACCCGGCCGGUCCUCACUCUGUCACCUCACAGUAGUCGUUGCCGGUGGCGGGUGCGGGGGCGCGAGCAGCGCAGGGCGACCUCUUCCCCGCCCCUCAGGCCGGGCCCGGGCUCGGUCUCCCCGCUCCCUCCGCUCCCCUCCCCCGUCGGGUACGGGAAGGUCUAAGCAGCUGCCGGGUGCCUGAGGGACUUAGUGGCUGCAGCCGCCACGGGUCCCGAUGGAGCCGCCGAAUCUCUAUCCCGUGAAGCUCUACGUGUACGACCUGUCCAAGGGCCUGGCCCGGCGGCUCAGCCCCAUCAUGCUGGGGAAACAACUGGAAGGCAUCUGGCACACCUCCAUAGUUGUACACAAGGAUGAGUUCUUCUUCGGCAGUGGCGGUAUCUCCAGCUGUCCACCGGGAGGUACGUUGCUUGGGCCCCCAGAUUCUGUGGUUGAUGUUGGGAGCACAGAAGUCACAGAAGAAAUCUUCCUGGAGUACCUGUCCUCCCUGGGGGAGUCUCUGUUCCGAGGUGAAGCCUACAACCUCUUUGAACACAACUGUAACACCUUCAGCAACGAAGUGGCACAGUUCCUGACCGGGCGGAAGAUCCCUUCUUACAUCACUGACCUUCCCUCUGAAGUUCUCUCCACGCCCUUUGGACAGGCCCUGAGGCCCCUCCUGGACUCCAUCCAGAUCCAGCCUCCCGGAGGGAGCACGGCUCCUGCUCCAGACCUCUCUGCCCAGGGCACUCAGCCCUGGCCAGAGCACGAUGGGCAUCGCAAGCUCCUUCUCUUCUCUCUCCUCCCCCACAUCCAGGCUCAGCUGAUUGCUCUCCUUCCAGUAGUCACCUCCAGACCCAGGGCUGUACCACAAAGUUAGCCUGAGUGGCUCCCCUGAGAGACUUUGAGUCACUUGGUUCAUUGAAAGCCACCCUUCAUGUGCAACAGCCACUCGUGCCAAUGCCUGUGCCUUAGGGUUUGUGGGGGGAGGAGGGAUCAAUAAGCCGUCUUCUCAGCUCUGCAGGAAGGCAAGCCCUCCCUCCCCCACCCUAGUCCCACCAUCACUAACUGGAAACCUGGUCUCAGGCUAGGAACCCCCGCAACCCCAUCCUCACAUUUCUCUGUCUAUCCCAGAACCUCAGGAGCCUGCUCACCGUGACCAGCUAGCUCCACACGAGUGUGCGUAGGCAAGCAGGAUGAGAAAGAUGUGUGUGAUUGUAUCACACAGCUGGGCACCUCUAUCGAGGUCCAUUGGUUUAAAGGAACAGGGAAGGAGGAGGAGGGAUGAGACUGUCACCCCCUCCCAGAAAUAAAGUUUGUACCUUUGAGAUUCCUUUUC